CUGGCCGAAGGGUCUCUCGGGCCCGCAAUCGGUAGCGUCAUGGACUCCAGUGGCUGUCCAAUGAUAGACGAGUAGCUGACAGGAAGCAUUUCUCUUGUUGCUCAAGAGUUGACUUUGUUCUAGCCAGAGUGCUUUCGCAUACCCAUCAAUUGACCACCAAAAUGCUUCCCAAGACGAGUGUACCCAAGCUGACGUCCCUCCCGACGGCCAGGGCUGCUUCGACCAGAGCUUCGAUGCAGUCGCGAUACAACACCAGAGUCCUCUCCGCCCCCGCCUACGCCGCCAAACGACAGCAACAUUUCAUGAGAUCUUUGGCCGUCAUCACCGCUGCCGCCGGCGUUGCCACUGUCUCUCAAUAUUACCUCAACGACGGUCGUCUACUCAAUACUGCAUACGCCGAAGCCCCAUCUACCGCCGAGCAACCCGACAUCCAAUUCGAGAAGCCCCGCAAGCGUGGUGCAACAAAAGAGGAGAAUAGAGAUUUGGUCAGCUCGCAGCACCUUCAGGUCAGGCGAUCAUGGGAAAAUCCUGGUGUCUAUGCAUGCGGUUCCAACGCAGGCAAGGUCGUUGCUCCAGACUCGGAUGCUUCGUACAUCAAGACGCCUCGCCGCAUCAAGUUCUUCGAUGGAAAACUGCUUCGUGAUAUUAAGCUGGACAGCAAUCUUGGUGCUGCCAUAGACGAGCAGGGUAACUUGCUGCAGUGGGGCGUUGACUACUCAAAGGAGACCACCCAGCCAACUGUCACACUCAAGGGUAAGAACCUGAUUUCUUUGGCUAUUUCCAAGGAUCGCAUCAUGGGCCUUUCCUCGUCAGGAAAGGUUUACUCCUUGCCUGUCUCUGCUGCCGAUCAGGCUGCUGGUACCAAGCCCAGCGAGAGCUCUUGGAUCCCCUUCUGGUCGUCCACCUCUCCCAUCAGCUACCGCACAAUCACUCCAUCGGAUAUGAGCUAUAGUGAGAAGGUUUCGACCAUUGCCGGUGGUCAGGAACAUGCUCUGCUGCUCACCUCCAAGGGCCGUCUCUUUUCGAUGGCAUCCGCCACUGACGCCUUCCCUACAAGAGGUCAGCUAGGUGUUCCUGGUCUGUCUUGGGACAACAAGCCAACAGGCCCCUACUACCAACCCCAUGAAUUGACCACCCUUAGAGGCUUCAACAUUGCCAAAAUCGCCUGUGGCGAUUACCACAGCAUCGUAGCCGAUACCGAUGGCCGUGUCUUCUCGUUCGGCAACAACACCUCCGGACAGUUGGGUUUCGACUACAAUACCGAGUCCGCAGUCGUCGAUACACCUGCCUUGUUGCCACUUCAGAAGCUUUACGCCGGCUCGUCUCAGACUCCGGUGGUAACAUCAGUAGCCGCGGGUGGCGCCAACUCAUACCUGACUGUGGAUGCGACCAAGAUAGCUUCACGCAACUCUGAUGGCAGACACAUUGGCAGAGUCACUGCUGAUACCUUCGCAUGCGGUGCUGGCAUCUAUGGUUCGCUUGGAAACAGCCGCUGGACUCACGUUCAGGGAACCCCUACCAAAAUUCCUGCCUUGUCUUCGCUGUUCGAAUAUGACGAGACGAACAACACAGUUAUCCCCAUCAGACUGGCCAGCAUUAGUGCUGGAAACAAGCACGUCGCGGCUGUUAUGAACAAUGUCGCCCACACUGGAGCUUUAAACACAGAUGGAGAAACAUACUGGGGCAGAGACAUUGUUUUCUGGGGAGGUAACGAGCACUACCAAUUGGGAACUGGCAAGAGGAACAAUGUCAACACACCCACAUACAUCCAGCCUCUCGACCAAGUAGCCGAACGCAAGGUCAGAGGUAAGGAGGAACACAGGUUUCAGAUCACCCCUAGAAGUACCGUACGUCUGGCCGAUGGCAGAAAGGUCAGCAUGGAGCAGCGUGUGGAGUGCGGCAGAGACUGCACUGCCAUAUACUCCGGCGUUUAGGAUGGAGUGCGACCUCUCCAGUCCAACCUCCUUCUCUUCUUGCCCUUGUAUCUUGUAAAUAUUGGCGUGGGUGUUUUUCUAGGCAUGGAGUUGGUGGUAAUGACUUGUCUGUAAUUUUAGUCUAGACGUGUAUAAUCAUGAUCAUCUCUCUUCCAUCGACGAACGAACUUAGUCGUUAUACUCGAGAAUGUAAAUGUCCGUGUUUGGACACCGCAAGAAAAUCGAUUCCCUAC